AUGGACGAGAGGCGAGAUCUUCGCAAGUUUCCCCGUGGGGAGAGAUGUCCAGAAUGUGGUGCUCGAAGAUGGUAUUUGGAGAGUGGUCUGCGCUUCUGUUCCAACGGACAUCAAGUUGAGGGAUUCAUUCAAUUCGACAUCGGUGAUGAUGUCGAUGCUGGCCAGCUUGGUAAAAAGACAAAGAAAGACAAGGAGGUCAAGGAAAAAGAGCUGCGCCAUCUCACGGGGCACGCAGGCAAGAAUCUGUUUCUCGAAUGUCUACAGCUAGUGCUGAGGCAGCAACUCCUUUGGCUCGUUCAGAGCAAAGGCCAUCGAGAAGAGCUUGAGACUGUCGUGCGUGAUCUAUGGGAUCUUCGUAUUCGAGGUUCUGGGGCACUCCUGGCUGAGGAGGAAACACAACAAAUGGGUGAUGGCCUUGCGAUAUUCAGUUCGCAGCCUACAGGCACAGAGAAAGAUGAUGCGCCAAAGACGCAGGGCACAAGAGCUCGUAGCUGGAACUCAGAGGUCAUCUCAGAUUGGCCUGUACCGAGAAUGAUUGAAACCCUGGCCUUGUGCUAUCUCGGAUGCUUGUUGCUCAGGAUACCUACCACGAUUGGGGAGCUUUGUGCCUGGGCCAAUUCUAGAAGAAUGCCUUACAAACGAUCAUACUACGAUCUUCCCAAAGAAAUGCAAGAUCGACUGCCAUCGGCUUAUACCAGGGCCCUCAAAUUACCCCUGCGCUCAUCUCUCAGAGGCAUCGACAUGCACAAUGCCGUGCUAGAUCUCGCUCUCUCAUAUCAUCACAACUAUGGAAUAAUAUUCCCAGCCAUCAAUGAUACACCAACCAUUGUGCAUUUUGUCAGGCAACUUACUUUACCAGGCGAGUGCCCUCAAGACGCUGGCCACUCCUGUAUUGACUGUUCUAGUGGAAACGCUCAUCACAGCAAGAAGCAUACUAUCGACUAUCCCGAGAUUUUGCUCAUGUCGGCUAUUGUGGUUGCAGCGAAGCUGUGCUUUCCGUUAGCUCAACACGCCCCUUUUCUUCGCGCCGCUGGCACAGAGCAGAGUACCAGGUUCGAUUGGAGAACAUGGUUUAAAGGUGCCCAAGAAUUAAUAGAAGCAUCUCAAACCCCUGUUAAGGAGCCCAGCUUCGAUCAAGUUACCGCUGACCAAGUUACUUCAAUGUCGACAGAGGAGCUUGACCAGUACUUUGCUCAUAUUGCGAGCACGAUCGACAGGAAGAAUGAUUCGGAAAUCACCAGGUUAUUUCCAUCAGAGAAGGAUCCUCCUCCAGAGGCUCCUCCAAGAGAAAAUACAGAACAAGACAAUGACCACAAGACGCGGAAUAUCCUUGGUCAAGCAAUUACGGUAAGAGGAGAAGAGGGGUCAGAACAAGACGGGGAAACUCUGGCAGAACCAAGUUAUGAAGCAUUCCGUUCGGUCGAGGACCUUACAGAGACAGCGCUGGCAUUGUAUCAAGCUGCUGUGCAGAUUUUCGUGAAGACCCUGACGGGCAAGACCAUCACCCUCGAGGUCGAGUCCUCGGACACCAUCGACAAUGUCAAGUCCAAGAUCCAGGACAAGGAGGGGAUUCCCCCGGACCAACAGCGACUGAUCUUCGCUGGUAAGCAGCUUGAGGAUGGCCGAACUCUCUCCGACUACAACAUCCAGAAGGAGUCCACCCUUCACCUUGUCCUCCGUCUCCGCGGUGGUAUCAUUGAGCCCUCGCUCAAGGCCCUUGCCUCCAAGUUCAACUGCGACAAGAUGAUCUGCCGCAAGUGCUACUAUCAACAGGCUCGUCUCCCUCCCCGUGCCACCAACUGCCGCAAGCGCAAGUGUGGACACACCAACCAGCUCCGGCCCAAGAAGAAGCUCAAAUAA